GCCGCGUCUCGGUGGCGCGGGCGGUUGCUAGGCGGAGCGGGGCCUAGGCCGCGGCGGGGUGGGCGCCGCCAUGGCGGCCUCGGGGCCGGGCCCGGGUUCGGGCUGCGGCGCGGCGGGGCCGGCGGAGGGGCCGUGCGUGCUGUGCUGCGGGGAGCUCGACGCGGUGGCGCUGGGCCGCUGCGACCACCCCAUCUGCUACCGCUGCUCCGUGCGGAUGCGGGCGCUGUGCGGCGUGCGGUACUGCGCCGUGUGCCGCGAGGAGCUGCGCCAGGUCGUCUUCGGACGGAAGCUUACGUCCUUCUCAACAAUAGCACUUAACCAGCUGCAGCAUGAGAAGAAAUAUGACAUUUAUUUUAUGGAUGCAGAGGUUUAUGCGCUGUACAGGAAGUUGCUGCAGCAUGAAUGCUUUUUGUGUCCGGAUCUGAAGCCAUUCAACACGUUUGCAGAUCUGGAACAGCACAUGAGAAAGCAGCAUGAACUCUUCUGUUGCAAGCUCUGUGUUAAACACUUAAAGAUUUUUACGUACGAACGGAAAUGGUAUACUCGUAAGGACCUUGCUCGCCAUCGAAUCCAUGGAGAUCCAGAUGACACCUCUCAUCGUGGGCAUCCCCUGUGUAAAUUCUGUGACGAGCGUUAUUUGGAUAAUGAUGAGUUACUGAAACAUCUAAGACGAGAUCAUUAUUUUUGUCACUUCUGUGACUCUGAUGGUGCUCAGGAAUACUACAGUGAUUAUGAAUACCUUCGUGAACACUUCCGUGAAAAGCACUUCCUUUGCGAAGAGGGACGGUGCAGUACAGAACAGUUUACCCACGCUUUCCGCACAGAAAUAGAUUAUAAAGCGCACAAAACAGCCUGCCACAGCAAGAACAGGGCCGAGGCCAGGCAGAACCGGCAGAUAGACCUUCAGUUUACCUAUGCUCCUAGGCACCAGAGGAGAACGGAAGGUGUUAUAGGUGGAGAGGACUAUGAGGAAGUUGACAGGUACAACAGGCAAGGAAGGUCAGGCAGAUUGGGUGGCCGAGGAAGUCAGCAAAACAGAAGAGGCAGCUGGAGGUAUAAGAGAUCUCUGUGUGGCCAGACUGAAUGCUUUGGAAAAAGAAGAGGGGAAGAAGAAGACAGAGACGUUGCAGCGGCAGUCAGGGCAUCUGUAGCAGCAAAACGUCAGGAAGAAAAAAAAACGGGUGAAGACAAAGAGGACAGCAGCAGUAGAGGUAAAAAGGAGGACCUGAGGGAUUCAGAAGUAUCCAGCUCCAAACGCGUUACGAAGUCUUCAAAUGAAACUCCAGAAGCAGCUGCUAAUGGUGCUUUAAGCCAAGAUGACUUUCCAGCAAUUGGUUCAGCAAUGGGACCUCUACAAGGCUCUGCCCAGCUAGCGGCAGUUAAGCUUAAAGAAGAAGAUUUCCCAAGCUUGUCAUCCUCUGCUGCACCUGCAAUCUCUUCUGGGAUGUCUUUGACAUAUACAGCGACUGCAAAGAAAACAGCUUUUCAAGAGGAGGAUUUUCCAGCUCUGGUGUCCAAAAUGAGGCCUAACAAUAAAACGAUAACUAACAUCACAUCUGCAUGGAACAAUGGUUCCAGUAAAAACGUGGUCAAAGCCAUUAGCAGCCCGUGUGUAAAUCAGAUGGCCAAGAAAACAUCCUCCUUGAAUAGCACUAAAGGAAGUAAGAAGAGCAAUAAACUCUGUCAGUCGGAUGAUGAAGACAAUGGUAGUGGCUUGACAACCCAGGAGAUCAGAAACACACCAACAAUGUUUGAUGUCUCAUCCUUGCUGGCAGCUUCUACCUCACAAACUUUUACAAAAGUGAGCAAGAAAAAGAGGAUGGGGGUUGAGAAGCAGAGACCAUCAUCCCCACACCUGUUACAGGAGACGGCGUUUCCCAAAUCAUCCGUUGAAAAGCUGCCAGAGGCAGAGCAGACACCAAACGCAUCCUCUGCUCUUCACGCCCCUGACAGAUCCACAACUGUCAUGAAUGGUCAUUCGGAAAAAUCGUUAGCAAUCUGUAGUACACCCAAAGAGCCCCCUGGCCUUAAAAAGCCCACAGUGACUAACCAAUGCCCUUUACCUCAGGAAGACUUCCCAGCACUUGGGAGCUCAGGAUCAGCUCGAAUGCCGCCACCACCAGGCUUUAACACUGUGGUGCUACUAAAGAGUCCUCCUCCGCCUCCAGGACUGUCCGUGCCUGUUAGUAAACCGCCUCCAGGUUUUGCUGUUAUUCCAGCCACCAAUAUCUCUGAACCUGUCACUACAUCUUUGAAAGAGCCAAAAUCUUGCCAUGGGUCAUACUUGAUACCUGAGAACUUUCAGCAAAGGAACAUCCAGCUAAUACAGUCCAUUAAAGAAUUUCUCCAAAGCGAUGAGUCCAAGUUCAAUAAAUUUAAAACUCAUUCUGGGCAAUUCAGACAGGGGCUGAUUUCUGCAGCACAGUAUUACAAAAGUUGCCGAGAACUCCUUGGGGAUAAUUUCAAGAAAAUUUUUAAUGAGUUGUUGGUGUUGUUGCCGGACACGGUUAAGCAACAAGAACUGCUUUCUGCUCACAAUGAUUUCAGAAUCAAAGAAAAGCAAAGUUCAAACAAACCCAAAAAGAACAAAAAGCACGUUUGGCAAACGGACUCCAACUCUGAUCUUGACUGCUGCAUCUGCCCAACAUGUAAGCAAGUACUAACUCAGCAGGACAUUGUCACCCAUAAAGCUUUGCAUAUUGAGGAUGAGGAGUUCCCUUCCUUACAAGCAAUCAGUAGAAUCAUAAGUUAGCUUUCCGAAGACCAAUAAAAGUUUGUCUAUGAAUAUGCACUUUUUGGAAUGAGGUUUGACAGUGUAGUGUGGCUGAGAGCCACUGCCAGCUGAGUACUCAUACGCAGGUAACUGUUAGAGAGCCCUCUCAGUGCUGUUCAUAAAUAAUGUGCAAAGGGAUCACUGGACUGCACCGUAGCUAAUCAACAUCCAAAGUCUGAGCUUCCAAAAUGCCUGAGUAGAAUUAGGGCAAAAUCGCAGGGUGGGCAGGUGGGGGCCACCUUUCUCCUGUAACGCAAUAGCUGAGAAAAUACUUUCUGAUCUGAUGACUGACAGGGGACACAAUAGUGGAAUAUGCAUCUGGUUUGGGUUUUUUCUUUCUCUUUUUGGGGGGCGGGGGGAGAUUUUGAAUCACUGAAAUGAAUGGAAGCAGCAGUGGCUUCCCUUAUAUUCUGAUUUGUGUGCUGUUUCUGUGACCACGGAAAUCAAAGUAGUCAGGGGUGCAAAGAUGCUGAAAAGGAAAAGAUUCUACUCACCAAUGAAUGAGACCGUUUCAGUUGUGUGUCUAUAAAUAUUGGGCUGCAGCAAAGAAUAAUCCUGUCUGAAAACGGAGUUAAUUCUACUACUUGAAGAAUUGGACUGAUCGGUGUGAUUAGUUGAACCUGAGGUUUGAAGUUGCCUCUGACCUUUUAUGUAACAUGUUCUUUAAAGAAACUUAUUUUGUAGCACUGCAUGUAGAAUCAUGUUAAAGCUUUACUUCCUGUAAAGCACACUUCACAGUAAUUUUAUUUAAUGACUGCCAUGUUUCUAAUUUCUUGGAUGUAUUAAUGGUGGUAGUUCCAAGCAACAGCGUAUUGGGACAUUAAAUGCUGCUGAUCACUGACCAUGUUUAUCUGCAGUGCCUUUAAGUGCAUUUAUCUGUUUACAGUGGUCUACGCUAACAAGGAUAAUUUGUUCAGACUGUAUGGAGUGUUUACAUCCUGUACCUCCCUUGGUGAUAUCGCUCUGCAGUAGCUUUGCUUAUGUUGCUUGCCAUCUAUGAACUCCACCUCUAGGAAGUGGGAGUUGAGUCUGUUCAUCGUUUGAAGCGACUCCUCCAGCAGCAGCUCUGAUGCAAUGGAGUGACGAGACCUCCCUGCAGUGCACUUUCAUGGCUAUAAUUAAGUGUCUGAUUCUUGCCCAUCCUUGCAGACCAGGUUUAGUUAUUUUAACAUGUUGAAGUUAAUUUAUAUAAUUUUUAAGUGACAAAAUACUGCUUUUAUAUAAGCAUUUAUAUGAACAUGAGCUCAGACUAUUACUAAAGAGCUAGUCCUGGCUACAGAAAUUUUUUCUUGCCUUAUACUUUUUAUUUUUUGCUUGCUGUCAGGCUGCAAAGUGCUUUUGGUUUCUUUUCCAAAUAAUUAAGGCUGUUUUGAAUACCUGAGCGUGUUGUAUUCAGCACAGGGGACAGACUGCAUGCCCUGAAACGGGGAGGGGAGGAUCGUUUGGCUGCAUGGCUGUUUAUAAAAUGCAUGAAUAUAUUGCAAGUAGUAAUGCUUCCAUGUUCCUGCUUCGAGUCGGGUUCCUCUCGAGCGGAGCCGGGCCUGAUGCCCGUGACACUACCACGAACCACGACAGACCCGACUGUGCUGGCACUUGGGCGCUUCACUUUUGAUGCCAGCUGCCCGUGCCGCGUCCAGUCAGCAAUGGAUCUACAGCGUCAACUCUCUUUUUUUUUUUUCCCCUGUAUGUUCCUUUGGUCUGUAAAGUUCAGAGGAAACGAAAUGCGUAUACUCUCCAGGAGUUUCUUAUGUCUUCCCUUUAUUUUCAGUUAAUUUCUUCUGUGUUAGCAGAUCCGUAGUUCCCGCCUGGCAGGUUGAGAACUCCAAGUGCUGCUGUAAGCUUCCUCGAGGCGAUUGAUCUCUUUGGCCUGAUGAUGCAGUUCCCUUGUUCCCUGUGCUCACCUGGUUAAAUAAAGUGUUACCAAAUUUUU